AUGGCGAUUCAACUGGCGGCCGAUGUCUCAUCUGUUUUGGCAGACGGUCAGUUCCAUCUCAGGAAAUGGAAAUCGAAUAGCGCUGAAGUCUUGGCACAUCUUCUUGGCGAUGCUGAUCCAUGUCAGCUUAAUUCGCACUUGGCAGAAACUACUGUUCUUGGCUUACACUGGGAUCCAUUCACUGAUGAACUCUUCUAUCAGUAUUUGGUGGACAAAUUUGAAACACAAUACCCAAUAGGCGCUGCACUCAUUAAAUCAUCGUUCUUUGUCGACGACUUCUUAGGUGGAGCAGAUUCCAUUGAUCAACUCACCAAUAUCAGACAUCAGUUAACGGCCAUUCUACAGAAGGGUUGCUUCGAUCUUGACAAAUGGCAUUCAAACCAUCAUGACUUCAUCAGCGAUACUACAACAAAGAGUUUGAAUCUUGAUACAGAUACAGUCACCAGCGCCCUAGGCAUCAAGUGGCACCAAAUGCAAGAUGUUUUCCUAUUUUCGUUCAAUGCGCAACCAGGUCAAAUUGUAACAAAACGCACCAUUUUAUCCCUUGCGUCUUCAUUAUUCGACCCGCUUGGAUUACUAGCACCGAUCAUACUCGUAGCAAAAAUUAUGAUGCAAGAAUUGUGGCUGUUGCGUGUGGACUGGGACGAGUCAGUCCCUCAAAAUCUUCACUCAGCUUGGAAAACAUUUAUUCAAGAUCUUACAACGCUUUCAUCGGUUAAGGUGCCGAGAUACUGCCUAUCAAUAAACCAUCAACAGGUUGAUGUACACGGUUUCUGUGACGCUUCAAUACGCGCAUAUGGUUGCUGCAUAUUUCUCCGAUCACAAAACACAUCAGGUAAGGUGACGGUCAAGCUAUUUACUGCAAAAUCCCGUGUGGCACCUAUAAAGCGGAAGUCGCUACCUAAACUAGAACUCUGUGGUGCCUUACUUCUUGCCAAACUGUAUCAGAAGGUCCAACCAAUAUUUGCGCAAUUUAAGGGUGAAACGUUUUUUUGGACUGAUUCACAGAUUGUAUUACAUUGGUUGAAGCAGCACUCAUCAACCCUGUCUGCAUUCGUUGGCAAUCGAGUAGCGGAAAUUCAAGAUAUUACCGCAAAUGGGCAAUGGAGACACGUUCCUACCCAAUCCAAUCCGGCAGAUGUUGUGUCGCGCGGCUGUAACAUCCGCCAAUUAACAGAGUCCUGUUGGUUCACGGGGCCGGAAUUUUUGUUACUCGCUGAUAAAUACUGGCCGCAUUUGAAAUGUCACAACCUGGAUAUGGAAGAAGUCAAUAAAGAGACGCGAAAGGUUGUAUUUGUUAACACAAAUGAAGACAACUACGUAUUACAGGUAUUGUCAAGAUAUAGUUCAUACACUAAGAUGCUACGAGUAAUAGCGCAGGUACAGCGAUUCUAUCAUGUAACCAAGAAUAAAUUGACGAACGGAGAAUGUACCCUCCAACCUAUUCAGCUACAAAAGGCAUUGCACUGUAUUAUUUGGGUCAUCCAACAGCAAUUCUUCGAAAUUGAUAUACAACGCCUACAACGAGGAAACCCAGCCGAAGGUACAUUAAAGCAUCUAAAUCCCUUCCUGGACAAUGUAUUCGGUUAUCAAUUACUAAAGGUGGGAGGUCGCCUCGAGCUGAGUGACAUCUCAGUAGGCCAACGUCACCCUAUUUUGUUGCCGAAGGGCUGUUAUUUUGUGGAACUUUAUGUUCGGCAUGUACACUUGUGCAACUAUCAUGCAGGCGCAAAGGCACUAAUUGCCCUGACUCGACUAAACUUCUGGAUAAUUAAUAUUCGAGAAAUUGCACGCCGAGUCGUGCUCUCGUGUAUUCACUGCGUGCGUUAUAAACCCAAACUACUUAAUCAAAUGAUGGGUAAUCUCCCAAUCGAACGCCUCACUCCAAGUCGUCCUUUCGCGCGUACUGCGGUAGAUUUUUGCGGUCCGAUAUUAACGUAUCUCCGAAUUCGGGGACGGGUUCCAUAUAAGACCUAUAUAGCCGUGUUCGUUUGUUUGUCUACAAAGGCAGCUCAUCUAGACGUGUCAGACUUAUCUACGGAGGCAUUUAUUGCAGCACUGAAAAGGUUAAUCGGUAGACGAGGGUUACCAUCAGACAUCUAUUGCGAUAACGCCACAAACUUCGUUGGGGCUAACAACAAACUAGCAGAGUUAAAAAGGAUGUUUUUCGAGAAGUCUAAUCAAGUGAUGCUGCAGACCCUUUGCAGCAACCAAUUCAUAAAUUUCAAUUUUAUACCGCCCCGAGCACCUCACUUUGGAGGUCUAUGGGAAGCGGCUGUAAAAAGCGCGAAAGGCCAUCUGUAUCGAACACUAUCAAAUACUCGAUUCACCUUUGAGGAGCUUGGAACAGCACUGAUUGAAAUCGAAGCCAUCUUAAAUUCGCGACCAAUCACACCUCAUUCUUGUGACCCGAGCGACUACGAAGCGCUAACGCCGGCACAUUUUCUUAUCGGUGGGCCGCUCAAAACUUUAUCUGAACCAAGUCCUCAGUAUGAAGCUGCUUCAUUAAUUGAUAAAUGGUCUCGUAUAACCGCGGUCAAACAUCACUUCUGGCGCAGAUGGUCUAGAGACUAUCUGAAUGAGCUGCAGAUACGCACCAAAUGGACAGAAGAACAAUCUAACAUCACCGAGGGGGCUCUGGUUAUAAUCCAUGAAGACAAUAUGCCUCCACUACGCUGGUUGAUGGGCCGAAUCGUGCAUUGCAUCAGGGGUCCAGAUAAUUUGGUUCGUGUUGUUGAUGUGCAAACCCCAAAAGGAGUAAUACGCCGUCCAAUCCACAAACUCGCACUAUUACCAAUUGAAAAUCCUUUCAAGGGGGGCGGGAUUCAUUCUGUUAAAAUUGGUACAGAAAUUGAGUUAGAAGGUAAUGAUAUGACUGAUUUUUAUGAAUACAGGCUACCAAAUGUAAAUUUAAAUAAGAAAAUUAAUAUGGAUAAACGUUAUAAGUUGCUAUUAAAAACAGUAAAUUUUGACAGAAAUUUAAAUCUAGAGGAAAGAAGGUUGAUAACAAAAACAAUUGAAGAAUAUAGUGAUGUGUUUCAUUUAAUAGGACAUAGACUAACAUACACACCUGUGUUGAAACAUGAGAUUCCAACAGAGCCAGGGCAGAUACCAAUAAACCAACGCCAAUAUAGAUUACCCGAAACACAUAAAGAAAAGAUAAAUAAACAAGUUAAUAAAAUGCUGGAGGAGGGAAUUAUAACCAAAAGCAAGUCACCAUGGAAUUCACCAAUAAUUCUAGUACCUAAAAAACCUGGUACAGAUGGAAAAAAAAAUGGCGUUUGGUGGUAG